AUGUCCACCAACGAGCUUGCUGUCUCUUACGCUGCCCUUAUCCUUGCUGAUGCAGAGGUUGAAAUCACUGCUGACAACCUUUUGACUUUGACUAAGUCUGCUGGUGUUACUGGUGUUGAGCCUAUUUGGGCCCAGCUUUUUUCCAAGGCUCUUAACGGACAAAACAUUCUUGAGCUUUUGACCCAAUUUUCUGCUGGUGGCGCCGGCCCCGCCGCUGCCGGCCCUGCCGCUGCUGCCUCUGGUGCUGCUGCUGAGGAGGCUGCUGAGGAAGAAGAAGAAGAAAAGGAGGAGUCUGACGAUGACAUGGGUUUCGGUCUGUUCGACUAA